ACACCACACCCUUUGGAUUCGGACACCCAUCACGCCACACUCCCAUUGAGGCCAUUAAGCUAUCGAGGAGCAGAUGUAUUUGUGCUGGCUUUCUCGUUGGUGAGCCGGGCGAGCUAUGAGAAUGUUCUGAAGAAGUGGAUACCUGAGCUUCAUCAUUAUGCUCCUGGAGUUCCUGUUGUCCUGGUUGGGACUAAGUUGGAUCUUCGUGAAGAUAAGUACUAUUUGGCAGAUCAUCCUGGUGUGGUGCCUGUUACUACUGCACAGGGAGAGGAACUCCGUAAGCAGAUCGGCACUGCAUAUUACAUAGAAUGCAGCUCAAAAACUCAACAGAAUGUCAAGGCAGUUUUCGAUGCUGCCAUCAAAGUCGUUAUUCAGCCUCCCACAAAAAGAAAAGACAAGAAGAAGAAAAAGUCACGACAUGGGUGUUUGAUAUUGAAUUUCCUACGCGGAAGGAAGCUUAAGUGAAAGUGAUCUCAGUAGUUAGUAGAUUUAGGUUGAAUCUCUCUUGCUUUUCUAUCCUGAUAUAUGAAGAUUAACGAUGAAUCAGAUAAAGUUUGAUGAUGCUGAAGUUCUUCUAAUCUGUAACUGUGCACCUGAUCAUUCCAAAGAAAAUGGGCAUGUUCAUGUUGCAAGAACAGAAUAGUUGGUUUUUCUGUGGAUAUGAGCACAUGAUGUAACUGGGUCAUUUUCCAAUAGUUGCGCUGUAUUUGAUAUGUAAAGGAAAAGUUAAUAACAUAAAAAGACUUCCUAAGCUUAGUGUCUGAUGGAAUAAUUGCAACUUCCUUGCUGUUUACUUCUUUAUAUCUUGCUAAGAGAAAUUGCUGUGGAACUCUCAAGGAUAUUUAUCUAUAAUUUGAAGGAAGGUGAGAAUCUUCAGUUUUGUUUU